AUGGAGCCAACUAGUCCAUCCCAGCCUACCACACCGACUGAAACCGAGCCCAGCUCCACUCCAACUGCUCAGGCCAACCCAGCACCACCUGGAGUGCCUCCACCAGAGACCCAGGAGUCUCAAAUUCCCGGCCCAAGUAACGCAACGCCCGCUCCUUCCGCUAACACCGCCGUGACUCCCGUCGACUGGUGGGUGUACCGCCUGCCGUCCCCGUCAGACAGUUACGAUGCCGAUGACGACUAUGGCCUCGGCGCCAACGCCGGUGAAGUUAAUGACGUCGGCGAGGUGGAGGAGGAACCUGCCCAGCCGGAAACAACACGGGCCAGCAACACCGCCACGGCAUCCCGCCGCUCCACGGCCAGGAGCACCCCGCGCUGGACACCCGGGGAGGAAUGUGAAGUUCUCGCAACAUUCAUCGACCUCGACCCCCAGAUCCGCGCUCGCACAGGCCAGCAGGGCCGCAGCUGGUACCCGUUAGUGCAGCGUGAGCUCAUGGCUCGUGAUCCCGCAUGGAGGCACGACAUCACGGCGCUUAAGGCAAAGUUCAACCGGCUCAAGGAGACGUGGCGCCGGAUCAACGACCGUAUCAAGCGCUCAGGGUCGGGACGCGCAACUGGCCUCCCGCCUUGGUUUCACCUGGGCGACCGCCUCUGGGCCUCUGCAACUCCGUCACCUCGGCGCCAGACGCGCACAACUACGACCGGCGCCACGGCUACAACUCCGUCGCACCCCGACACGGCAGACGACGCCAUCAAUGCGCAGACUACUACGCCCACGCAGUCAACACUGUCGCCAUCCGUGUCCCUGCCUUCAGCUGCGCCGGGGCCUCCCACCACUAGUAGGGCAUCUCCUGGCCUCACCGCUGCCGCCACAAUCAACGGUGCGGUCGCACCGCCACCUCCGCCUGCUCCCUCGCCUGCACCCUCCGCCAACCAGACCCCAGACUCCCCAUCUCCCCUCCCGCCAAACGCCGACACCGCCGACACUGCUCGCCGCGGCACCGUCUCGCCUCUCUCCCCCGACACAAUCCAGCCGAGCCCCGCGUCAGAGCCGACCAACGCCGAACUCCCUUCAAGUGCGACGGCGGGUCUGUCGAUCCGCGGUCGCCGCCUCACUUGGGGAGCGCGCACGUCCUCUGAUGGGGGGGAGGGAUGCUCACGCAACGCAUGGUGGCAAUACCCCCGCAAGCAAGACGACGCCGUCACGGCCAAGAAUGGGAAGCCAGGCAAGAAAGGGGUGGGGCGAAAGUCGGCGGCCAAAUCAAAGUCGAUGUCCACGGCCGAGAUGGUGGGCGACUUACGCGACCACUUCGAUAAGAAGCAAGACGAGAAAUGGGAGGAGUUUAAGGCACUUACCCGUGAGGUGUUUCGCGGCUACGCGGAUGAGCGGCGCAGUAGGAGGCGUAGAUCGCCGCAGUCCACCUUCUCAUCCGAAGACGAGGCGUAA